CGGACGUGAAAGUAGAAUGAAAUGUGGUUUAAUAAUGCCGUUGAGAUACGGAUGCCUAUCUCUCUCCUCCCUUUCUCUCCCAAACCCUUUCUCCCUUAUCGGCUUCACGUUCUCACUUUUUCGCCUUCGCAGAUUUUCUUCCCAAACAAACAGAAUACCCUUAGAAAAUCCGAUAAAUUCCAAGAAAAUUCUCUGUUCUUUUUUUUCUCUCUUCAAUUCCCCAUUUUAAACAAAGAUAACCUUUCAGAAGCUGAAGAUCCCCGCCGUUGCCGCUGCAGUUGGAUCCGGUUCACUAAGUUCGCAAAAUCCGGUUCGAGUAGAAGUCCUUAUGUUUUCUUAGAGCUGGGUAAUUUGGGGGGAAAAAGGAAGGAAAACGGUGGCGUUUUGUUGGGGGUGGUAUUGCCUCGUACGAUUUGAUGCCGCAAGAACCGUUGCCUUGGGAUCGGAAGGAUAUUUACAAGGACAGGAAGCACGAGAGGGCGGAGUUGCAGCCACCGCCUCUGUCGGCAGCUCGAUGGAGAGAGGCGUCUUCUAUGUCGUCUUAUCAGCACGGGUCCUUUAGAGAAUUCGCCCGUUGGGGAUCCGCUGACUUUCGUCGUCCUCCGGGUCAUGGUAAGCAGGGCAAUUGGCACCUGUUUCCCGAAGACAUUGGUGGUCAUGGAUAUGUGCCAUGGCGGUCAAGUGACAAGAUCUUGGAUGGUGAGACCUACCGUCAGUCAGUUUCUCGUGGAGAUGGGAAAUAUGGUCGAAGCUACAGUAGAGACAACAACAGAGGGUCCUAUUACCAGAGAGAUUGGAGAGGUCAUUCUUUGGAAACUAGCAAUGGGUCACCAAACACUUCUGUGAGGCCUCAUGAUGUGAAUAAUGAACAGAGGUCUGUCGAUGAUAUGUUUACCUACCCGUCUCGUACUCAUUCUGACUUUGUAAACACAUGGAAUCAACUUCAAAAAGACCAGCAUGAUAAUAGGACAUGUGGUGUCAAUGGGUUAGGGACAGGACAAAGAUGUGAGAGAGAGAACUCUUUAGGCUCGGUGGAUUGGAAGCCUCUUAAGUGGAGCCGUUCUGGAAGCUUGUCUUCAUGGGGGUCGGGCUUUAGCCAUUCAAGUAGCUCAAAGAGCUUAGGAGGUAUUGAUUCUGGCGAAGCCAAGCUUGAGUUACAUCAGAAAAAUUUAGCCCCAGUUCAGUCCCCUUCUGGGGAUGCAGCAGCCUGUGUCACAUCUGCUCCACCUUCUGACGAGACAACUUCAAGGAAGAAGCCACGCCUUGGAUGGGGUGAGGGUCUAGCUAAAUUCGAGAAAAAGAAGGAUGAAGGCCCUGAUACAAGCAUUAAUAGUGGUGGGGCUGCAAUUUCUCUUUGUAAUACUGAACCUAAUACUUCUCUGAAUUCUAACUUGGUAGAUAAGAGCCCAAGAGUUCUUGGAUUCUCUGACUGUUCUUCUCCUGCUACUCCUUCAUCUGUUGCUUGCAGCUCCUCACCAGGCGUGGAAGAGAAAUCAUUUGGUAAAGCUGCAAAUAUUGAUAACGAUGUUAAUAAUUUGUGUGGUUCUCCAAGCUUUGGGUCUCAAAAUCAGCUGGAAGGGUCAUCUUUUAGCCUAGAGAAAUUGGAUAUUAACUCAAUUAUUAAUAUGGGCUCUUCACUUAUUGAUUUGCUUCAGUCUGAUGAGCCUAGUACAAUGGAUUCUAGUUUUGUUCAAUCUACCGCUAUAAAUAAAUUGCUACUAUGGAAGGGUGACAUUUUGAAAGCAUUGGAGAUGACUGAAUCUGAAAUUGAUUCUCUUGAAACUGAACUUAAGUCAUCGAAAGAUGACCCUGGAAGGAGAUGCCAAUGCCCAGCAACAUCCAGUUCUUUUCCUGUUCAGGAAAAUGGAAAAUCUUGUGAAGAACAGGAGGCUGCAUCUAGUAUGAUUCCUCAACCUGCCUCUUUGAAAAUUGAUCCUUCCAAUGAUGUUCUUGAGGUCCUGCAAGAAGCUAAUGCUGAUAUAAAGGAUGGGGUCAUUGAUAGUCCUGGAACAGCUACAUCUGAUUUUAUGGUAUCGUCAUCUUUGGAGAAAGCAGAGUCUCUGUGUGAUGUUGUGAAGGUUCAGGAUUGUUCUGGUAAUUCUAGCUCUGCUCAAUUGACAACAAUGGAACAGGUGAUUUUAGCUACUGAUUCUUGUAAUGAAGAGGCUGCUGCAGUCGUUUCUGGGGAAGGCAGUGUACUUGUAAAGAUUGAUAAUGAAGCUCAUGUUCCAGAAUCUUCAAACUCUGAUGCUGCUGGAGAAAAUAUGACAUGUGAUGUAAUAUUGACCACGAAUAAGGAAUUGGCAAACAGAGCUUCUCUUGUAUUUAAGAAAUUAUUGCCGAAGGAUCAAUAUAGCAUUGAGAUUUCUGAAAUUUCCAAUGCUGUAUGGGGGCAGAUUAGUUCUUUGAUCAGGGAAAAAAUUGCGAUGCGGAAGCGGCACUUAAGAUUUAAGGAGAGGGUUUUAACGCUCAAGUUUAAGGCCUUUCAGUAUGCUUGGAAGGAAGAUAUGCUUUCGCCAGCAAUGAGAAAAUAUUGGGCAAAGUCUCAGAAGAAGUAUGAACUAAGCUUACGUUCAACCUAUGGUGGCUACCAAAAGCAUCGGUCCUCGUAUCGUUCUCGAGUUACUUCUUCUGGAAAUCUGGUCUUAGAACCUACUGCUGAGAUGAUAAAUUUUACAAGCAAAUUGCUUUUAGAUUCCCAUGUCAAGCUUUACAGGAAUGCCUUGAAGAUGCCAGCAUUAAUUUUAGAUGAGCAAGAGCAGCUGUCGAGGUUUAUCUCUAGUAAUGGAUUGGUUGAAGAUCCAUGUGCCAUUGAAAAGGAAAGAGCUUUGAUCAAUCCUUGGACAUCAGAAGAGAAGGAAAUUUUUAUGGAUAAGUUGGCUGCGUUCGGGAAGGACUUCCGAAAAAUUGCCACCUUUCUGGAUCACAAGACGACUGCAGACUGUGUUGAGUUCUAUUACAAAAAUCACAAGUCUGAAUGUUUCAAGAAAACAAAGAAGAAGCUUGAUCUGACUAAGCAGGGGAAGUCCUCCGCGAAUACCUACUUGUUGACAUCGGGAAAAAAGUGGAGCAAGGAAUUCAAUGCUGCAUCCAUUGACGUUCUUGGUGCAGCUUCAGUCAUAGCUACUCAUGCAGAAAGUGGCAUGCAAAAGCAUCAAACAUCUUCUAGUAGGAUCUUUUUCGGAGGGCGUUAUUCUAAAAUAUCUCGAGCUGAUGAUAGGAUUGCUAAUAGGUCGAGCAGUUUUGAUAUUAUUGGGAAUGAUAGAGAAACUGCAGCAGCUGAUGUCUUAGCAGGUAUAUGUGGUUCGUUGUCUUCAGAAGCCAUGAGUUCUUGUAUCACUAGUUCUGUUGAUCCAGGAGAGAGUUUCCACCGUGACUGGAAGUGCCACAAAGUUGAUUCUCUUUUCAAAAGGCGUUCAACAUCCAAUGUUGCUCAGAAUGUUGAUGAUGGUACUUGUUCAGGUGAGAGUUGUGGGGAAAUGGAUCCUGCUGAUUGGACAGAUGAGGAGAAGUCUGUCUUUAUACAGGCUGUCUCGUCUUAUGGUAAAGAUUUUGCAAUGAUCUCGCGAUGCGUUCGAACAAGAUCCAGGGAUCAAUGCAAGGUUUUCUUUAGCAAGGCUCGCAAAUGCCUUGGACUGGACUUGAUAGAUCCAAGAACUAGAAACUUGGGAACACCAAUGAGUGAUGAUGCCAAUGGUGGUGGGAGUGAUACAGAAAAUGCUUGUGUACUUGAGUGCCUGGUUGUUUCCAGUGAUAAGUUGGGAUCUAAACCGGAGGAUUUGCCUUCCAAUAUAGUGUGCACGAAUAUGGAUGAACGUAAUCCUACCAGCAAACUAAUUUUGCCAACUGACCUGAAUGUACCAGACGAAAACGAUCGGAAGCUAGUAGAUCAUAGAGAUUCUGAGGCAGUGCAAACUGUGGAUUCUGAUGCGGGCCGGGCUGAGCUGAUUACUGAAUGUAGUGUGGAUAUGAAUAUUGAUAGCAAGGCUGGGUCACUGCAGGUUCAGAAAAGUGUUGUUGCUUUGGGGAACCUAAAUGCAGGAAGGGAUGUUACUGAACAGGGUGUUUCUGUUGCAGUAUCAGCAUUUCUUGGGGCAGCAGCUUAUCCUUGCAUUCCUAGUUUAGAUUCUGUGGCUGAGUCCAAACCUGCUACUAGUUUGUAUGAACAUGAUACAAAAUGCAGUGCAGAGACUAGCAGCCAAAGUAUAUGUAGGAUGGAUUCGAAUAAAGCCACAGAUGAAUCUGUUGGUAAAAACUCUUGUUCAAGUUUUAGCUUGAGUGCCAAAGGUUUGCAUCAGAUUCCUCCUGAUUUGGAUUCUGCCAAGAAGCCUUCCGUUAGUAAUAACUCUUCUGCUAAUGGUUCUGCAUUGCAUGAUUCGGAUGCACUUCGAUGUGAGAAAAUUUGCAACCUAGAUAGGCUGUCAUCAACACUUGAUUACAAGGAGAAUGAAACCAAACAAGCCCAAAAAUCUGUCCGUGAAGAUGAGUCUGGUCGUCUAUCCGGAAAGACCUCUGUGAAUAUUACCGAACCCCGCCGGAUCUUAAGGGGUUAUCCCUUGCAAGUUUCAACUUUGAAAGAAAUGAACGGUGAUGUUAAAGGCCUUGCAACAUCCAAGACGGGCUCUGCUGGUCCGUGUUUGGCUCAAGAAUGUUAUCUUCAGAAGUGCAAUAGCUCAAAAUCAGCUGCUGAGCUUCCACUCCUAGUGGAGAAUUUAGAACAAGCCAAGGAUCGUCCGAAAUCCCAUUCUAGGAUAUCAGAUACAGAAAACCCUGGCAGGAAUGGUAAUGUUAAGCUUUUUGGUCAGAUACUAAAUUCUAGUUCCCGGGAUGAUAAGGUAUCCCAUUUUUCGAAACAGAACACAAAACCAUCAAAUUUGAAACUCAUUGGUAAUAAUGUUGAUGGAAACUCAAAGUUCGAUGCAAAUAAUCAUGUAGCAGAAAAUGUUCCGAAGAGGAGUUAUGGUUUCUGGGAUGGGAAAAGGAUUCAAACGGGGUUGUCAUCUUUGCCCGACUCAUCCAUUUUAAUGGCUAAGUACCCCUCUGCAUUUGCCAAUUAUCCUCCCACAUCCUCAUCUCAGAUGGAGCAGCAGGCAUUGCAGACUGUGGUCCACAGUACUGAUCGAACCUUGAAUGGGUCAGUUUCCCCCUCAAGGGAAAUAAGCAGCAACAACGGUGAGGCCCUCAUUGUACCAAGGUUAUGCCAUUUAGUCUAUCCUGUCCUAAUCAUUUCGAUCUGUUAGUAUAUAGAUUUUGGUAUGUUAGUAUAUUCGUGUUGUAUUUGUAUUCUUUUUGAUAUUAUGUCGUGUUUUUAGGUUGUUUUUUUUCGUCUGGGCUCAAAAUAAGGUUGAGCUUGUUUGAACUUUGUUAAUGGUUUUUUAAUAAAAAAAAAAAAUCUUCUUUCAUGCAAA